AUGAACCGUUUGAUAAUCGCCUUGUUCGCCAUUGCUUCCGUGGCAUCUGCACUUCCCGUCAGCCCCUUGGUACAGCCCCUUGGCGUAUACACCACUCCGAUUCCCAUCUUGAGGCAAAGCGCCGACGGCCCGAAUCCAGACGGAAGCUACAGCUACAACUAUGAAACGGCAAAUGGCAUCCAGGCGCAGGAGGUCGGCUACCUUAACUACGCAGGCACCCAGGCAGAGGCUCGUGAAGCUCAGGGCAGUUACAGUUACACAGCGCCGAACGGCGAAAUUGUCCAAGUGACCUACGUAGCGAACGAGAACGGAUUCCAACCUCAGGGUAGUCACAUCCCGCCCAUUCCACCUCACAUUCUCAAAGCUCUUGAGUACAUCGCCGCUCAUCCUGAGGAGAACAACCUCGACGCACAGUGA